UUUCUGUCUGAUCUGAUACUCUGUCUGAGUCUGAUGUUGAUCAGAGUACUUGUCGGCUGGUCCUCACAUCAAAUGUGAAUAGUGUAUUAUCUUCAUAGUGCAUUUUUCAGGAAGAGUCAUAAACAUUGUGUGCUAAUUUCAGUUUUAAAUAAUUUUCAUUCCAUUGUCUAAAUUCAUAAAAUGAACUUUAUGAUUUCAUGUAAUUUGUUCUUGAAUGCACCCAACUUGACUGUGUAAACAGAACCGAUCGUCAUGACUUUUUACACCUAGUGUUUUUAUUACUUGUGAUAUUAAUAAAUUUACAUCCUACACUUUUAAAAUUAAAAUGACGUUAUUACGCUGUGUUUUAGUAAACAGAUCUGUUAUAACUGCUAUAGGAUGUAAACAAACUUGCUACAAUUACCCUCAAGUUAGGGACAGUUCUAUGACAUGAAUGUAUGGAUUCAAGAAAAUCAGUCAAAAAGUCUGUGGAAAUGUGUACUAUAGUUGAAAAGUUCCUAAGGACGCUUAUUAAGGAAGUGGUUGUUUUAAACAGGUUCAGUUUUUGAGAAAAUAUUUUGUUCAGUUAUUGAGCUAUGUUAUAGGUUAAGCAGUGUAUUACUCACAUUGCCACUGCUUCCUUAUAACAUGCAAGCAAAAAAACGUUAUCUUUUAGUUUUACUAUCGUGUGCUUUUCUGGCGUAUUGUUAUUUUGGUGGCUAUAGAUUGAAAAGUAACCAUAAAGUGAAUCCGCCUGAAGAUAGUAUGCCUACUUUCUUUGACCCUUGGAGUGACCAGUUGUUUACAAGGGAUUUAGAACCUUCUCCUCACAUCAGAAGGACAGGUGGUAAUAAUUACAACCAUAAAAAAGUUAGUAAUAGUAUAAUCAAUCAAAAAUGUAGGAUGGAGACAUGUUUUGAUUACUCCAAGUGUCAUAAUGACUUCAAAGUUUAUGUAUAUCCCACAAGUGAUGAUCUUCAUGGUGGAGAAGUUCCUUUAACUCCAAGUCCUGCCUAUCAAAAAGUUCUAGAUGUAAUUUUAGAAUCGCGCUAUUAUACAUCUGAUCCUAGUCAAGCGUGUUUAUUUGUUCUUGCAAUUGAUACUCUAGAUAGAGACAGUUUAUCAGUUGAUUAUGUGAGAAAUGUGCCAUCUCGCCUUCAGAGACUGAAAUUAUGGAAUGGAGGUAAAAACCAUGUUGUGUUCAACUUGUAUUCUGGAACAUGGCCAGAUUACGCAGAAGAUGAUCUAGGUUUUGAUACAGGAGAAGCUAUACUAGCAAAAGCCAGUAUGUCUGUCACAAGUCUUCGGCCUGGUUUUGACAUUUCCAUACCACUAUUCCACAAGAACCACCCCGAGCGAGGGGGAGAUCCUGGGUAUGUGACGUCUUUGAAUUUCCCUGUCAGCAAAAAAUAUUUCUUGGCAUUCAAAGGGAAGAGAUAUGUUCACGGUAUCGGCUCAGAGACUCGCAACUCUCUUUAUCACCUACACAAUGAGAAGGAUGUGGUCUUGGUGACAACAUGCCGUCAUGGCAAGUCCUGGAAGGAGCUCAAAGAUGAACGGUGUGAUGAGGACAAUCUGGAGUAUGACAGGUUUGACUACGAGUUGCUGCUCCAGAACUCUACAUUCUGCCUGGUACCACGGGGACGGAGGCUUGGUUCGUUCCGGUUCUUGGAGGCGCUGCAGGCUGGUUGUAUACCGGUACUGCUAUCCAACAGUUGGGCUUUACCAUUUGAUCAGGCCAUUGACUGGAGCAAGGCCGUCAUUUGGGCAGACGAGCGCCUUCUAUUACAAGUGCCUGAAAUAGUUCGGUCAAUUUCUGCCACCAAAGUUUUUGCACUUCGUCAGCAAACUCAGAUUCUAUGGGAACAAUACUUUUCUUCAAUAGAGAAAAUAGUUUUCACUACAUUAGAGAUUAUUCGGGAGCGGUUGCCCCAGCAGAAGCUGCGAGACGGUGUGGUGUGGAACAAUGCCCCUGGAGCUCUUCUAACGUUUCCUCAGUUCUCCGACUGCUGGCAGGAUUUCCCCUUCUACAGCUCCCAUCCUCCGUCCGCAGAGUUCACCGCUGUCAUCUACUCACAACUCAACUCACCUGUCACACCCGCAUCCAUGCUGUACCGCUUGGUACGCAGUGUUGCCAGCAGCCAGUACUGCACACGGAUAAUCGUGGUAUGGGGAGGAGACAAGCCCCCACCGUCCAUAUCCCGAUGGCCACCACUUCCCCUCACAGUUUCCUUCCACAUUUUACAGGAGGCUUUCGAGCCUGGCCUCUCUCAUAGGUUUUCCCCCCACCCCCUCCUGGAGACAGCAGCCAUUCUAUCACUUGACGAAGACGCACUGUUGUCCACGGACGAGGUUGACUUCGCAUUUGAAGUUUGGAGGGCAUUCCCUGAGAGGAUAGUCGGCUACCCCGCCCGUUCACAUUAUUGGGAUGAUGCUAAGGGAAGUUGGGGUUACACGUCAAAGUGGACAAACGACUACUCCAUCGUGUUGACUGGGGCAGCGUUCUACCACCGUUACUACAACUACCUGUACACAGAGUGGCUGAGCCCACUGCUGCUCAAAACUGUGGAACAGUCGCACAACUGUGAGGAUAUCCUCAUCAACUUUCUAGUCAGCCAUGUGACCCGGCGCCCCCCCAUCAAGGUUACCCAGCGCAAACAGUACAAGGACCAGCCCCCCGGCGUAGGCUCUAGGUCUCCGUGGAAUGACCCAGAUCACUUCAUCCAGCGCCAGACCUGUCUCAACACUUUUGCUGCCGUAUUUGGCUACAUGCCUCUGAUCCGUUCCAACAUGCGACUGGACCCUGUGUUAUUCAAGGAUCCAGUGUCCAAUCUGCGCAAGAAGUACCGCAAGAUUGAACUCGUCGGCAGCUAGUAUUGGGCCAGUUCACCACUCGCCUAUUAAACAUCACAUCCAUUACCAUUAUUCGACUAACUUUUUGUAAUCAUUCUAACAAAAAGCUAACUGGUUAGUAAUUAUUUUAUUUUAAGGUUUUUUACCAUAUUAAUUUAUUUAAAAAUAAAUAAUUUGCCAUGUAUUAAUGACAUAGGAAUAGUUAAUUUAUCACUCAUUGUAUAUCGUUUAGUUUUAAGUAGCAAGACUAAAGUCCCUUUUGUAGUUCCUUUAUUUCAACUAAUCAUUUAUUUUGUACAGGGUGAUGAGAAACUCAUAAUUUUGAAUUUAAAAGGUAAUAUUAAUUUGGAUGAGAGUAGUCAUUUAUAUAUUUUGUUUAUUUAUUCUAGGAAAGUUCUAACUCUAUCUGGUUAAAUGAUAGUUGAUCAUAUUUUUAUUUGAGAACUGAUCUUGACUAACAGUAUAUUUCUUAUGUUACUUUAUAAAUCCACCAUGUCAAACAGUACGCACAACAAAUGAUUAAUUUGAAAUAUGGUUAAAUGACAUAAAAGAAUUCUCUUUGCUGUACAAUGAUUCCGUAUGAUAAUGGGAAAAAAUCACAUGAUUCAUAACAUAGUAUUUAUUUGAACAUAUACAGUACAUAAUAGUCAAAACUUUAAUUUUUUUUAAAUAGAUCUGGUAACUGUCUCCAACAGAUUUAAAUUUGUUUCAGAUCAUCAGAAGGUAUCACACAAGUUUUGUCUUGUUUAUAGUAAUACAAAUACAAGCCUCUUGAAGUAAAAAUUUCAAAUAUUUGAGCGUCAUAUAAUUGAGCGUUUGCUAAGGCUAUCACUCGUGGAGCUAGAAAAAUCUUAUUUCUGCCUGUUUGUCCACACAGUAUAUUGAAGAAGAACUAACCUAUAGGCUUGAAAUUAUGUAUGAAGCUUAAUUUCUAUAUAGGCAAGACUGGGUCCGACGAUGGUGCAUGUCCAUCCGUGAGAUUUGGCUGAGCGUUAACAAAUAUUUUUACACUGGUGUGAAGGGCAACCAUGAUAGCAGAAUAAAUCAAUUUAAAAAUAAUCAGAUACAAUCAUAUGGGUGGUAGUACUCUCCGUACCUCACCAGAACUUUUAUUAUUUAAACAACAAAAAUGUGAAUGGGAGUGAAAUGAGACUUGAAAUUUUGCCUGCAAUCUCAGCGAAGCCUGUUACACGACACAUGGUGUGGCAUACUCCUACCUCGUAUUAUAUUGCAGGAAAUUGAUUAUUUUAGGUAACUUUCAAGUAUGUUAAAACACAUACUAUAAAUGAAAAUAAGAAUAAAAUAUAAAUUAUAAUACAAAUAACGCAAAAUUCAUUAGAUACUGAAUCAAACAGUAAACCUCUCAACAUUAGAUAUUACAACUAAGAGAUUACUGUAGUUCCGUUAAAAUAUAAUUUACACUAUGUAAACAUCUUUCAAGUUAAUAACCUUUCACUUUUCAUAUAAAGCUUGAAGGAAUUCUUUGAUCUGAUAUCAGUAGGUAAUUUAUUAACACACAUAUCCUUUCUUAUGCAUACUCUAUCUUUCAUAUUCUGCAAUACUCUACAUUUUAUAAUACAAUUUUUUUACCUGUUAUAUAAAAUAAUUAAUUCACUCUUAACAGAUAUUUUAAAUUCAUAUAUUUGAAGUCUAUGACACGUGAUAAACUUUAGAAUAAGACUUAUGUUACACAGGCUAAUAUAUUCUUUCAAGAACACUGUUUUGUAAUCUUCAUGUAAUGAUUUUUUUAAAUGUUAUUUUAAUCUCGUACACAUAUAUUUAGCUUAUUUUAUAUGAGUUUCAUGAUUUUGGUUGUGCAAGAAACCAGUUUCUAAGCUUGAACCAAAUAUUUGUUGUAAGUGCUUCAAUUUUAAGUUUGAAUAAAGUAGUAGAUUAAGGUUAAAAAAACUACACACAUUUUCAAAAACUAUAUUUUUGAAAACUCAUUUUGAUUAGUGUAGGAAUUUGAAACCUGGUUCCUGUUCAAACCUGUCUUUAUAUAAGAUGUACGAAUAAAUUAACACAAAGAUAUAUUUAAUGUGUAUAUCUACACCCGUACAUUAGUUAGCAUCAUAUAAUGCUGUGUUUUCAGUUCUUUAAAUUGUAUCAACCAAGCCAAUCUACGUAAGUUUGUGUUUUGUCUCUCUAUUUCCACAUCAUUUGUCCUGUUUCCUUGUUGCUAAAACUCAAUUUCAUUACUGGCUAUUGAGCUGAUUGACUAUUGAUCGUUUUUUAGCCAAUUAUCUACAUUCCACACAAGCACUGAUCACUUGAUAUUUAACUUCAAAAUCAGAUACAAGCUUAAUUGUCAUAACUACCAAAAUUAUCUGGUUUUUUUUAUUUCUUCGCUAUGUAUAAUACACGAAAAAGUAUUUUUUUGUUUAAAACGAGACUUUUUGGUAUCCAGUGGAAAUUUCCAUUUCUGGAAAAAAGUCCCAAAAUAAAAUCCAAGUCAAAAUAAUAUUUUAGAAAUUGUCCGUCCAUACAAACAUCGUUCAUGACCAACAAAUGGAUCAAUUUUGACCAAAUUUAGCGUAUAUUUAAUUUUAGUUUUGUAUUGAAAUGUAAUUGAAACAUGACGAUCCCCAUCCAAUUUGUUGUGUGUGAACUGUACAAGAUUUUUUUCCAUUUCAGCACUUUAUGUUUUCAAAUUGCACACUUCUAGUGAUUUUUAAUAACAAUUCCUGUUUUAGUUUUAUAACUUGAAUUACGUUUAGAUGACAAUUAUUAUACUCAAUAUUAUAAAUAUGGUUGAUUAUUUUUCUGAAAAAGAGGGUUUAAUUUAAUUUAAGUAUAUGAAUAAUUCAAUAUUUGUUUGUUUAUGAAUUGUAUGUAUCCAGCCUAUAUAGAAUGUGUGUCAGUAAUUGUAUCAUACAAUUGUUUUUUUAUUCUAUUUCUUGAAUAGAAAUACAGUAUGUUAAGUUUUCUUUGGUCUGUAGUUAAUAAAAGUUGACACACAGUUUACAAAGAUGGUAAAAAUAUUAAGAUGGCAGAAGCGUGACCAAUUUUGAUAUAAUAUAGAUUUAUGUUUCCACAAAGUGUUUCUCUUAAUUUUCAAAUGUUAAACAAUACAAUUUUAGCAUAGUUUAUUGUAUUUCAUCAUGAUUUUAUAUGGCUCUUAACAAUAAAUCUGUUGUGCCAUAUAAAACUUCCAUUGUGAAAGAAACAAUAAUCAGAAAAGACUUGGAAGUCUUUUUCUCAUUGAUAGUUAAAAACAUAGUAAUGAAUAUCAAUAAAGUUCAUUAUUUUAUCUAUAAAUGUAACACCAAGAUUCUGUGGCAUACAAUAAAGCAAAUCAUUAUCAGCAGUAUAACAACAAUUAGCGUUUGCUCAUUACAUCAAAUUAGUUGAGAGGGUUUCAGGCCAAGUUUAUGCAAUUUUCACAAUUUAAACUAAAAUAUUAAAAGUAUCUAAGAUUAAAGAUUUUGUUACAGUGGGACUAUAGUAUGUUGGUUUUAUUUUAGCCAUGAAAAGAUCCAUUUAAAUUCUCAAUUAAACAGUUCAGGCCUCAUUGUAUGAAUAGAAGAAUAGUUUAAAGUUUAAGUUAACCUUUUCCAUUCCCAACACAGGCACUAUCCAGAAUGUACUAAAAGUAGAAUCAUAAGAUUUUCAUUUUUGAAUUAAGGUGCUAUACUGCUUAAGUUUAUUAUAUUUUGAUUUAAUUGAAUUAAUUCCUAAUUCCAUUAGUUUAUGGUCAUUGAUAAGGUUUAAGAUAAAAGCAAUUUUGUAUAGUGUGUGGUAGAACAAGGAAUAAACAUGAGUGAAUUUAGUAUAAUUAUUAUGUGUGUA